ACUUGCUCAUCUUUUGGGAUCUCGGUGUGCAGGUUCCUUACUUUCCACUCUUCCUUCUUCCUUGCUGUAUAAAAUAAAAUAAAACAAUAAAUCUUGAUUAACCCUUUUCAUUUAUUCAACUCUUUAACACUUAUGAUUCCUUCUUUCAGUCCUUCCACUUUCAUACCACCCUAGAACUUUCUUCUCUGAUCUUUUACCUCAGAGUUUUCAUGGCAAAGGAUCAUGUUACCAUCUUCAGUUUCCAUUCUCUUGGCUACAUUAUCAUCACCUUCUCCAUCAUCUCUUUCAUUUCAUUUCUCUACUUGUGUCACUGUUCUGAUACAUGCUAUUCACAAAACCAAAUCUUGAUCACAAACACUAAAAAACCCAUUAACCUCCUCUUCUUCCCUUCUGCUUGGAACCAGCUUUCUUUUCCUUCAAAAUCACCUCCAAAAACCCUAAAAAUUGCUGCUUUUGUCAAGAAAUGGCCGCAGAGAUUCCACGCUGGAGGACUUGAAAGACAUGCCUUGACCCUACACCUUGCCCUGGCCAGAAGAGGCCAUGAGGUUCAUAUCUUCACAGCCUCUGUUUCAAACUCUUCUUUUCCAAGAUACCCAAUAAGCAAUCUGUAUUUUCAUCUAUCAACACCAACUGCUGCUGGCUAUUUAGACCAAGCUGUGGUGUGGAAGCUUUUUCAGACCCAAAACUCAACUGGGGUACCCUUUGAUGUUGUCCACUCAGAAAGCGUAGGACUCUUGCACACAAGGGCAAGGCACCUGCCUAAUCUUGCUGUUUCUUGGCAUGGAAUUGCUUAUGAGACUCUACAUUCACACAUCAUUCAGGAACUCCUGAGGGUUCCUGAGGAGCAACAGGCACAGGCCUUGAAUCAGACAGCAAUGAAAGUUGUGGAUGAGGUCAAGUUUUUUACUAGGUAUGCUCACCAUGUUGCUACCAGUGAUCAUGCUGGUGAUGUUUUGAAGAGGAUUUACAUGAUCCCAGAAGAACGAGUCCAUAUCAUUAUCAAUGGAGUUGAUGAGGAGGUUUUCAGGCCAAAUUUUACCAAGAAAAUGGAGUUUGAGCAGAGGUUUGGUGUCCCAGAAAGUCGACAGUUAGUUCUUGGAAUGGCAGGGAGGUUGGUCAAGGACAAAGGACACCCCUUAAUGUUCAAUGCUCUGCAAGAAAUUCUAAUGGAGAAUGAAAGAUUUCAUGGAAACAUUGUCGUUCUGGUGGCUGGUGAUGGUCCUUGGGGUGCAAGGUACAGAGAGCUUGGCACCAAUGUGAUUGUUUUAGGGCCUCUUGAACAGACACAAUUGGCAAGUUUCUACAAUGCAAUUGACAUUUUUGUUAACCCAACUCUUAGAGCUCAAGGACUAGAUCAUACUUUGUUGGAAGCAAUGCUUUCUGGUAAGCCAGUGCUGGCAACAAGACUUGCCAGCAUUACAGGGUCGGUGAUUGUUGGAACAGAUGUUGGGUACACGUUUUCUCCAACUGUGAAUUCAUUGAAGAAAGCACUGUUUAGGGUUUGGGAUGAUAGAGGAAAAGUGUUGGAGAAGAAAGGACAGGCUGCCAGGCAAAGAGGUUUGCAGUUGUUCACUGCUACAAAAAUGGCAGCUGCUUAUGAAAGGCUAUUCCUAUGUAUAUCAGAUGGUGCAAACAACCAGACGGGUUAUUGUCAGUAUCAGCCUUGGUUGGAUUAAAGAUAUCUAAUUUCGAGACGAAGAGAACAGGAAGAUAGAUGAUUAGUGUAUUGGAAAAGAAAAAGAUUUUUUUUUUUGUAGAAUUAGUUCAUUGUACAUUAGCAGCAAAAGAAUUUGUUUACAUAGAAGAUUUCAGUUUCUCUAAUUCUACAACACUCUUGGAUAAGACAGCAUUCUUGAGCAAAUUCUGUUUUAUG